CUUAAAAUUUGAUAAUGAUAAAUUAACAUAUAAAUUUUUUAAUAAACGGCCAACAUCGAUGGACCGAAGCACAUGGCGCUGCUGUUCUGAGAGCGUAUAAUACAAGGGUCUCUAAGUGGCUUAUACCCACUUUUAAGCGUGCCUGAAAGAGCGGGAUGAAGCCUGGAUGGGCUUCCGAUGAAGUCUGGGCCAGCCUUGUUCGCCACUGGAGACACAAUGACACGGGGGCCAUGGAGACACAAUGACACGGGGGCCGCAAACCUCAAGAUAAACAUAAAGAAACUCUGGCGGGACCUGAGAAAAAGAAGGUCUCCACGUGGAAGGUGAUCAAACAUUGCUGGACGAAGGGCGGCGAUGAGUCUAAUGCCCAGCUGCCACCUUGCCUCGCCGAAAUUGAAACGAAGUAUCAGGGUGCGGUUGGGAAGAAACGUGCUGAGUUAGGCCUGACUGACUUAGAUAUCGAACUCGAUUCUGAUGCGGAUGAUGAGGCGAUGUUGGAGGCUGCCGGGGUGUAUAAGGGUCGGGUUCCAUGCAUGGGGGCCGAGGGGCUUCGAAUUCUGCACAACUGCAGCGAGAAUUGGAGGAGCAACGGGAACAGGAGCGAAGAACAAGAAAAUGGCUUGAAGCGAUGGAACAGCAAAUGCAGCACUUCACUGCCACAUAUCGGCCUGAAAUGUAUAUAAGGCACCCUGAAACGACUCCUCAAGUUUUGCACAUGGGCAAUAUGGGUUAUCAUUCUAACACUGGGUUGAGCAUGCCUGCAAUGGGGUCAUUCGGUUCUUUUCCGUAUGAAAAUUUUAACCAGUUUCAGACACCCGACGGCAACAGAGGAGGCAUCCGAGGCAGCAGCCGAGGAGGCAGCAGGCACCCGACCCGAAGAGCACGAAGAGCCCGAAGAAGAUUAUCUCAUUGAUUAUGAAUAUGAUGAUCCUAGAUAUUAUCAUAACGGAUAUCCCCGAAACAGUGUGUAAUAAUACAUUUUUUAAUAUAAAUUGAAC